AUGGCGGACAGCGCCAGCGAGAGCGACACGGACGGCGCGGGGGGCAACAGCGGCGGCCCGGCCGCCAUGCAGUCGUCCUGCUCGUCGACCUCGGGCGGCGGCGGCGGCGGUGGCGGCGGAGGCGGCGGUAGCGGCGGUGGCGGCGGCGGCGGUGGGAAGUCGGGGGGCAUUGUCAUCUCGCCGUUCCGCCUGGAGGAGCUCACCAACCGCCUGGCCUCGCUGCAGCAGGAGAACAAGGUGCUCAAGAUCGAGCUGGAGACCUACAAGCUCAAGUGCAAGGCGCUGCAGGAGGAGAACCGCGACCUGCGCAAAGCCAGCGUGACCAUCCAAGCCAGGGCUGAGCAGGAAGAGGAAUUCAUCAGUAACACAUUAUUCAAGAAAAUUCAGGCUCUGCAGAAGGAGAAGGAAACCCUCGCUGUGAAUUAUGAGAAGGAAGAAGAGUUUCUCACUAAUGAGCUCUCCAGAAAACUGAUGCAGUUGCAGCAUGAGAAAGCCGAACUAGAGCAGCACCUGGAGCAGGAGCAGGAAUUCCAGGUCAACAAGCUGAUGAAGAAAAUUAAGAAGCUGGAGAAUGAUACCAUUUCUAAGCAGCUGACCUUGGAGCAGUUGAGACGAGAGAAGAUUGACCUUGAAAAUACUUUGGAGCAAGAGCAAGAAGCACUAGUUAAUCGUCUCUGGAAAAGAAUGGAUAAACUUGAAGCUGAAAAGCGGAUCCUGCAGGAGAAAUUAGACCAGCCGGUCUCAGCUCCCCCAUCACCCAGAGACAUCUCCAUGGAGAUCGACUCUCCAGAAAACAUGAUGCGCCACAUCCGGUUUUUAAAGAAUGAAGUGGAGAGGCUGAAGAAGCAGCUGAGGGCCGCUCAGUUACAGCACUCGGAGAAGAUGGCGCAGUACCUGGAGGAGGAGCGUCACAUGAGGGAAGAGAACCUGCGGCUGCAGAGGAAGCUGCAGAGGGAGAUGGAGAGGAGGGAAGCCCUCUGCCGGCAGCUCUCCGAGAGCGAGUCCAGCUUGGAAAUGGAUGAUGAGAGGUGUUUUAAUGAGAUGUCUGCACAAGGACUAAGACCUCGCACUGUGUCCAGCCCGAUCCCUUACACUCCUUCUCCAAGCUCAAGCAGGCCCAUCUCCCCGGGUCUGUCAUAUGCAAGCCACACGGUUGGUUUCACGCCACCAACCUCACUGACGAGAGCCGGCAUGUCUUACUACAAUUCCCCGGGUCUUCAUGCGCAGCAUAUGGGAGCAUCCCACGGCAUCACAAGGCCUUCGCCACGGAGAAGCAACAGUCCUGACAAAUUCAAACGGCCCACGCCGCCUCCGUCUCCCAACACACAGACCCCGGUCCAGCCGCCUCCGCCCCCGCCGCCACCCCCGAUGCAGCCUGGGGUCCCCUCGGCAGCCACCACGCAGCCCGUCCCUUCGCAACAUUCGGUGCACCCCUCCUCCCAGCCUUAA